AUGUCCAGGGGCUCUCAGAACGACUAUAAUACCCCUGUUGGAUCAGCCUGGGCAAGUUGGAACAGCGCCAGCCGAGCCGAUGACGAAGUCGGUCCGUAUAGCUUGCCCACCGACCAUGUCUCGAAUCAUGGAAGCAGCACCUUCGCACCAAGCUGGGGCACUCACUACGUCUCUGGACAAUCUAUGAUGCAAUACCUCCCAAAUCCCGUCAUGCAGCAUGAGGAGUAUGCAACACAGACUGAUGGCCGCAUCCAAGGUCAUGAAUCGAACAUGAAUCCAUUAUCCACGCACAAUUUUCGUGGAAGUGGGUUCGACCCGAGAGCAAACUGUUCCCAUCCCUCAAGCUCAGCUCUAGUCUCCUGCCCAGAAUUUUCGCGACUAGAGCCACCAGCACGGAUAGCUUCUCAACAACCUGGUUACAACCUGUCGUCCGAUUAUUACCCCAUCGUCCCCUCCCAAUUUUACACUGAAGUACCGACACACAAUUGGCAGCAAAAUGGCCAACAUGCUCCUGGUAGUCGUCAGUCGUUCCAGCGAGCGGACAGGAUCGAGCCAGCCAUGGACCCUGCUCCUCGACCACAAGUAUCUGCCCUUCUCUCCGUGGCCGAAAUACAACACCGGCACAGUGGGUCCAUGCAGUGCAAACUCCACCUCUUGCUGAACCUGAAAGGCCUCCCGAGCCGCACUGCGGAGCGCGUCCCUGCGGAGGCUCUGUGCAACGCCGAAUUGACCACGGUCGGCGAGCUGUUACGUCACCUCAAGCAUGUCCACGACAUUACGGGCAACCACGCUCGUGCAGGUGCCUGUUCCUGUGCAUGGCCGGGAUGCGGCAAGCAGCUCAAAGAGGCGAGUUACCUCCGUCAUGUCCUGACGCACUGCAUCUGCUGGGUGUGUCCCGUUCGGGCGUGUCUGAAGACGGCGCCGAGAUAUGAGGCUCUUCUUGUCCACUUCGAGAGGUGCCACCCGGGGUUGAGCUUGGCGGGCCCUUCUUCCUCUCAGUACUCCUACGCCGACUUUAAGACGGCGGUUGACCUUGGAAGACUUUUUUCUGAUGCGUAG